UGCCUGGUCAUGAAACUCGGCUACUGGCUGGACAUAGAGUGGUCAAGUGGAGGGAAAACAAACAUGUGAGUUUCAGCGACCACACUCACCAUGCAAGUACACGAGACCGUUUUCACUGAAGGAGUACGAAGGAAUGGAUUUGCUACUCCGCAAUGUCACGUGGAUGUCAUGACAAUCUGGGUAGUGGCGGUACUGAGUGUGAAACUCGUCGAUUACAGAAUGAUGGACAGUGGUGAUCGAGAUGGCAACGAGCUGGAUCUGCUCCUGAUUGUGGUCCGAACGGCGGGACAAUGCAUCCAUGACAAGGGUUUUGUCACCCUUGAUAGGCUGAGUGGUGAAACUGAACUCAGACAAGUAGCGCCACCAGGGUGUUUGUCAAGGGGAAAGUGUGGGCUUUGUGAGGAAAGCCUUGACAAUAGAGUUGUCUGUGCGCACCGUGAAGGGCGUCCCGUGAAGAUAGUGCCAUCAAAAGGGGACAAGAGAGAAGGAGAGGAAGGAAUUGUUGCUGAAAAGUUAGCAGGCCAUCUUGGAAACUGUCCCCUCGCUGACCAAAGAGCAGUGUGGGGAACAACUGCAGUCCAUACUCACCGCUAUCGUCAAGUCUGGAGCAUUGAAGAUGAUACCACUCAGAUCGCCAACGUCUUCGCAAAAUUGUGGACACUUCAAGAGGAUCUGACUGAGAUGACCGACAAGUACUGUGACUUGAUAGUAGAGGUUGCUGCGCUGCGUCAGGCCCAAGUGGCCAAUCCUCUUCCUCUGCCCCCUGGUUCCGGAGCUGCAAUUGUAACUAACCUUGCCCCUCUUACCAUAUCUUCUUCUACUUCUUCCUUGAGUGUGAUGGCAAACCCCUCGGGACCUGCAACAGGUGCAGAUUUUGCUGUUGUUGUAACAAGCAACGAGGCAGGAAAUUUUGCAACUGCUGCAGCCCCAAGAUAUGAACCAGCAGGUGUUGGGCCCAGCUACACCGGUCCUUAUGUGGACCGAAAGGCGGUGCAAAUACCGUCUAGUAUGACGGCAAAGAGGACAUUGAAUCCUGGAUCAGCUCCACGAGGGCAUACUUCGAAAGUUCUGGGGACUCAACCCGAGGCCCAGUCCGUGAUUAUGGGAAUGAAUGUCGAGUCGGUUGUGUGGGGCUUCCUAGAAGUCCAAGCUACGCGAGCUGGGGUUCCCAAAAUAGAACUAACAAGGUGGCUUGAGGCCACCUCGGUUGCCUCCCUCGAGGAACUCAUUGCGCAAUACAUGGACCCAAACGCUGCAACAAGCGCAAGAAGCCAGCUUGAUAAAAUCAAACGCAGCAAGUGGACGGGCUCCAUGAAAAGCCUCCAGGCUUACCUCAACAAGAUGUUUGCUACACCCGGAUUAGAACUGACUGAUGAAUCUCGCUUGGAAGUGGUCAAAGGCGCGCUUCCCACCAGUUUCACAAAUCGCCUAGGCAGGGACUUCACUGGGUACACUGAUUGGUUCACUCUGAUGACGGACAUAGUCAGUCUCAAGGCCAUAGACCUCGUCUCCACAUUUGGCAGCAAAAAGCCCAUGGGCGGCAGGCGGUUCAAAGGCAGCAGUCGUUUUGCUGUGCGUGACCUGCUGGAGGCGGAAGAGGAGGCCGGUGCAGAUGACCCCACUCUUGGUGACGACCAAGAACAAGACACUGAUACAGCCUGUGGGUGCAAGGUCUUUUCCAAGAUCGAUCUCAAGUCUGGCUACCACCAAAUUGAAGUCGAUCCUGCGGGCCAGCACAAGACUGCGUUCAAAACACACGAUGGGCUUUACGAGUUUACCAUAAUGCCCUUUGGUCUCACGAACGCACCGACCACCUUCCAAAGCCUGAUGGACAAGGUCCUCCGUGAACAGAUUGGCCGGUUCGUGGUGGUAUACCUCGAUGAUAUACUAAUCUUUAGCAAAUCCAUGGAGGAACACCUCGAGCACCUCGAGGAAGUGUUCACUAUCCUUAAGAAGACGCAACUCCAUCUCAACCUAGAGAAAUUUGAGUUUGGGAAGGAUAGCGUCAUCUAUCUUGGGCAUCGGUUGUCUGUUGCGGGCCUAGAACCUGAGGCAAUCAAGGUUGAGGUCAUACGCAACUGGCCUCAGCCCGUGAACGCUCGCGAAUUGCGCUCUUUUCUUGGUCUUGCGUCAUACUGCCGAAAGUUUGUGCCACGCUUCUCCAUUGUUGCUCGUCCAUUGUCACGAUUGACAAGUAAAGAUGUUCCCUAUUCUUGGGACACCGCUUGCACGAACGCCUUUCAAACUUUGAAAGAAGCCUUGGUACGUUACCCAGUACUCCUCAUUGCAGAUCCCAAACUGACAUUCGUAGUUACUACGAAUGCAAGUCAGUAUGGAAUCAACGCAGUGCUGCAGCAAGAUGACGGCGAUGGCUUGCGGUCGCUCGAAUACCACAGCAAACGCAUGCCCAACGAAAAGGUAGCCACUUCCACCUAUAUGCGCGAGCUCUAUGUUUUGCGUAUGGCGUUGGACCACUGGACGCCACUUCAAAGUAUUCUCGGAUCAUGAGACUCUGAAGUGGAUCAAACAGCAACCUACCCUGUCCCCUACCUUGCUUCGGUGGUUCCAUGAAAUU